CACUCCCGUCCAUACAUGGUCUCACUGCAGGAGAAAGGCAGACACCUGUGUGGGGGAGUCCUUGUGCACAACUUGUGGGUAUUGACAGCUGCCCACUGUGUACCGCCGAGGACCCAACAGCUGAAGCUAUGGCUGGGGCUCCAUGUGCUUGGAGACAAUGCCCUCAACUUAGAAGUCAAGAAAGUAAUUCUGCACCCCGAGUACAAGCCGCCUCCCAGUCUGGAGAAUGACCUCGCGCUGCUUAAGUUGGACCAUAAGGUGAAGUUCAAUAAAAGUAUCAAGCCCCUGGCCUUACCCCGAAAGAAGCAGGCAGUGGCAGUGGGAGCACGGUGCAGUGUGGCCGGCUGGGGGCAGACCAAGCAGCACGGGCCCCUGGCAAGAGCGCUGCGGGAGCUGGACGUGCAAGUGCUGGACGCCAGGAUGUGCAACAACAGUCGCUUCUGGCAUGGUGACAUCACCGCCUCCAUGAUCUGCCUGGAUGCCAGCACCAAAAACCAGGGCCCCUGCAAGGGGGACUCAGGCGGGCCCCUGGUGUGCAAAGGCAAGAUAGCUGGGAUCCUGUCCUUCAGCUCCCAGACCUGCACUGACAUUUUCAAGCCCCCUGUGGCCACUGCUGUGGCCCCCUAUGUGUCCUGGAUCAAGAAGAUCAUCAAACACAGGCUGGCAGCACCUCAGACCUGA